AUGGCGUCUCAAAACGGCACAGGAACCGGCAGCAAUGACUGGGCGCCGGACUCGUGGCGGUCAAAGCCCAUCAAGCAGUGCCCCGAGUACCCGGACCCGAAGCCGCUGGCCAAGGCCACGGCGGAGCUGAACCGCAUGCCGCCGCUGGUGACGCCCAUCGAGAUCCUCAAGCUCAAGUCGCACCUCGCGGACGUCGCCCGCGGGGAGGCCUUCCUGCUGCAGGGCGGCGACUGCGCCGAGCUGUUCGACUACUGCAACCAGUCCGCCAUAGAGUCCAAGAUCAAGCUGCUGCUGCAGAUGAGCCUGGUGCUGAUCUGGGGCGCCAACAAGCGCGUCGUGCGCAUCGGCCGCAUGGCGGGCCAGUACGCGAAGCCGCGCUCCAGCCCCACGGAGAACGUCGGCGGGCGGCAGGUGCCGUGCUUCAGGGGGGACAUCCUGAACGGCUUCGACCUCGACGAGCGCGAGCUGGACCCGGGCCGCCUGGUGAAGGCCUACCACCACUCCGCCGCCACGCUCAACUACGUGCGCGCCGCCCUGGCCGCGGGCAUCGCCGACCUGCACCGCCCGCUGGACUGGGAGCUGGGCCACGUGCGCGAGCCCGAGCUCAAGGCCAAGUAUAGCCGCGCCGUCAACUUCCUGACCAACAUGAUGAGCUUCAUGGAGACGGUCGGCGCGUCCGGGUCCAGCGGCCACCUCGACACCGUCGACCUCUUCACGAGCCACGAGGGCCUGGUCCUCGAGUACGAGCAGCCGCUGACGAGGCCCUUCUCCUCCUCGGCCAUCCACGGCACCCGCAGCAAGGCGCCCGCGGCGAGCAGCUCGGGCGCAAACGGCGAGCAACAGCAGCAACAGCAUCAGCCGGAGACCCAGUACUUCGACACGUCGGCGCACUUCCUCUGGAUCGGCGACCGCACGCGGCAGAUCGAGGGCGGGCACGUCGAGUUCUUCCGGGGGAUAGCGAACCCGAUCGGCGUCAAGGUCGGCCCCUCCACGCCAACAGCAGACCUCCUCGAGCUCCUGCGCGCGCUGAACCCCUCCCGCGAGCCGGGCAAGGUGACGCUGAUAACACGCUACGGCGCCUCGCGCGUGCGCUCGCUGCUUCCCGCGCACAUCCGCGCCGUCGAGGACUCCGAGUACUCACGCUGCGUGGUCUGGCAGUGCGACCCGAUGCACGGCAACACGCGGAGCACGGCCGCCGGCGUAAAGACCAGGCGCUUCGGCGACAUCUUCAGCGAGCUGCAGGAGACGCUGCGCAUCCACAAGGAGGAGGGCAGCUACCUGGGGGGAGUCCACCUCGAGCUCACCGGCGACGCCGUCACCGAGUGCAUGGGCGGCAGCGUCGGCCUGGACGAGGACGACCUGUCCGCCAACUACACGAGCUUCUGCGACCCGAGGCUGAACGAGAAGCAGGCGCUGGAGCUGGCCUUCCUGAUUGCGGAUCACUACCGGAAUGAGAGGCAGGUUGCUUGA